UUGUGGGGUUUGAUAUUUGCUUGCUGGUUAGGUUUGAUAUUUUAUUACGGAUGAUGUAUUAUUAGUUAAAUUCGGUCAGUGUGAAGUUGCGUGAAUAAAUAGUUCAAAUUCAUUUGCAAAAAAAAAAAAAAUGCAUUUCGUACAAAAAGUUCAAUUUCACCGGCGUAACGCUGUUGACAUGUGCUCAACACUGAAGUACUAGCAAUGCCUUCAUUAGAACGAGCUGCAGUAUAGUUUGUUAUUUAUUUGCUUGUUCUUGUAGAUCCCUGUGUAAGUGGGGUCACCGCUUUAUUGAGUCAUGUCCGUGCCGGCUAUUCAGAGCAGUAGUGUUUUGUUCCGAAGGAUUUUGUCCCAGUUCCCACAGGACAUCAGCCUGGCUUUUACAUAUGGCUCAGGGGUGUUCAGGCAAACUGGGACCACCCAAGGUCAAAUGGGGAACAACAUGAUAGACUUUGUGAUUGCUGUCGAUGAUCCACCAACCUGGCAUACUAUGAACCUGAUGCAGAACCGGAAGCAUUAUUCCUUCCUGCGCUUCCUGGGCCCCAAACAAGUCAGCAACGUGCAGAUGAAUUAUGGAGCAGGAGUCUAUUACAAUACAUUGGUGCCAUGUGAUGGCAGGGUGAUUAAGUAUGGUGUUAUCAGCACUGAUACAUUAAUCGAAGACUUGCUUCACUGGAACACAUUGUAUGUGUCUGGGAGGCUCCACAAACCAGUUAAAAUCCUGGUGCAGAAUGAGAAUGGAAAGCUGCAGGCUGCACUGAUUAGCAACCUUAAGAGUGCAGUCACUGCAGCUUUCCUCAUGCUUCCAGAGAGCUUCUCAGAAGAGGAUCUGUUUGUCCAGAUUGCUGGACUCUCGUACGCAGGGGAUUUUAGGAUGGUAAUAGGGGAAGACAAAUCCAAGGUGCUGAACAUUGUCAAGGCCAACCUGCCUCACUUUCAGAAGCUGUACAGCAGCUUUCUUCAGGAUUGUCCACAGGUGGUUUACAAGCAGCAUCAGGGAAAAUUGGAGAUUGAUAAAAGCCCAGAGGGUCAGUUUGUUCAACUGAUGGGUCUGCCCAGGACUCUCCAGCAGCAGAUCACCCGACUUGUGGACCCCCCAGGAAAGAACAGAGAUGUAGAAGAGAUGUUGCUGCAGGUGGCCCAGGACCCAGACUGUGGAUUAGUAGUACAGCAAGGUAUAUCUGCAAUAGUGAAAUCUUCAAGUAUAACCCAGAGUGCGAAAGGAAUUCUAACUGCUGGCCUGUUGAAAACUGUGUCAUAUAGCGUGAAGAAACUCCUGAAAAUGUGGAAAGGGUCGAGAAGGAAGUCCCACUGAUCUAUCUCUUUGCACACUGUACACUGUAUUCUACUGUAUGUAUUAUUAAAGUCACCUAUUUUGAUAGUAUGUGCCUGUGUGUUCGUGUGGACAUGUUUCUUGCUGAUUGAAAGGUAUCACUUGAAUUUGAAGUUUUUAUUUCUCUCUGAAAUUGAAGGCCAAUUGAUAUUUGAAGCGGUUUUAAGCAGCGACUGUGAUUUAAAAAAAAAAAAGGAGGUUGGAUAUGAGAGAUCUAGUCAUUUAUUGAGAGAAUUUAACAGACAAGUACAUACAGUACAAACAGUGUGCUCCUCAACCCGUGUCAUGACUGGUCGUCCUGCAGAGAUGAUGCAACCACUUAAAACAUCA